AGGUUUAAUUUGUUGGAUCUUUCAAUCUUAAUUUCCCCAAAAAAUUGAAAAAGGAAAAAGUGAAAAAGGAAUUUGUGUCUGGCACGUCGAGGAAACAACGGAGCUCCGUAGCUGCUCACACUUGAAACGCACGUGCCCUUUGACCCCCAAGACUUUGAUAAUAGGAAGCUUCUGAAAAAGCGGCCGUCUUGCCCUAAUCUUCCCCUUUCUCUUUCGUGUAUAGUAACACAAUGCGGAAGUGAUCGAAGAAUUACUCUGAAUACAUUGAGGCUCCGAACACGCAGAUGGUAAAUUCAGUGAGGAGUUUGGAGACCAAAAUGCCGGCGCGUCAGCAUUUUUCUCGAAUAGACACUUUUGAGCUAAAGACCCGGAUAGAAAGGAAGGUGGGGCGCCCGAAGGCAGAGGAGUAUUUUGAUCUUCUCAAAAGAUUUUUAAGUCUUAAGAUUAGCAAAUCCGACUUCGACAAACUUUGCAUUGACAAAAUUGGGAGAGAGAAUGUUCGUCUUCAUAACCAUCUGAUUAGAUCAAUCAUAAGCAAUGCAUUUCUCUCAAAGACUCCCCCAUCAAAGGACCACAAGAUAGAAGGUUCUCUCACUGUUAGAGUGGAAAAUGGGUAUCAGAGAAGCGGUAUUCAGUCACUAUGCCAAGAUAUUCCACAAUCCCCUCGAAAGGGGAGGACCCCAAAUAUUCGUGAUCGCAAGUUUAGGGACCGCCCGAGUCCUCUUGGGCCUCAUGGGAAGAACCAUAGUUUUGCUUGUGAAGAUUCAAUCCCCAAAAUUCAAGAGCAGCAGAGUGCUACUGAGCUGCUUUCUUUGGGUAGCAGACCCCCUGGCUCUGUGGAAGAUGGUGAAGAGGUUGAUCAGGCUGCUGAAAGCCCAAGUAUUUAUAGUAGAAGCCCUGUUAGAGCUCCUCUUGGCAUCCCCAUGAAUACUAAAGGAACAAGGAAGGUGUUAUGCAGUGGAUCAGCUACUACAUGUUUCACUGAGACUUGUCAGAAUAGUGGUGAGCUACCUGAUACCAGUUCCUUAAGGAAGAGUUUGGAGCAGAAGUUGGAGACGGAGGGAAUAAACAUCUCGGUGGAUUGUGCCAACUUAUUGAACAAUUGCCUUGACGUAUAUCUCAAGAGAUUGAUAAAGCCUUGUUUGGAUCUUGCUGGUUCAAGGUCUGUACACAAACACAUAGAUCAAAGACAUGAUUGUGACAUAACUGGUGUGAGGAGAACGAUGCCCAUGAGAUAUGUACAAAACCAAAGUCGGCCCUUUUUAGCAUCAAUGUCAGACUUUUGUGUUGCAAUGGAGUUGAAUCCCCGGAUACUUGGAGCAGAUUGGACAACAGAACUUGAGAAGGUUUGCUUGCGUGCAUCAGAAGACUGAACUGGAACUAAUUAGCACGUGAUUUCGGUAAAGCAAUAAGUUUGGGUUAGAUGAGUAAUCUCAACACAAUUGUAAAAUUUACUCUUAACAAUGAGCUUAAAUUACCAAUUUUAUAAGUGCCGUUCGAGUAUGUUAGUAAAAGUUAUCGGAAGUUUUAGAUGAGGGUGAUUAGAUUGUAUAUAGCUUUCUAUGAUUUUUAUUUUUUUGGGGGUUGGGUGGGAUACCAUGACAUGGUAAAGUAUAAACAUAUCAACAAUUGGAAGAAUCUUGCUAUAAUGGCUAGCGCAGUAGUCUUUUCUGACUAAUAUCUAUAGUUUGUUAGUUCAUUUUGUUAUACUUAUCCUGUUAAUCAAACUUACCUUUGAAGUUUUCAGCCUACUGUUCUGUAAUUCCCAAUCCCAUGAGAUCCAAUAGAUGGCCAUGUUGACAAUUGCUAUUCAGCUCAGUGUUAUUAUCUCUCUCUUCUCACUCAUAUGCACACCCAGUCACAUACACAUACAUUGGUCAGUGAAUUUGAAGAAGUUGAGGGUGAAGAUUUAGACCCUAUUAUAAUGUUUCUCAUUCAUUUCUUGUAUGUUAAGGUGCUGCAUACUUGAAAACCCCCCUGGCCUCCACCCUAUCUUCCCAUUUCCAUCUUUUUUCUCUCAUGAGGCUAAAUUUAGUUUCUAACGAGGGAACAAAAAGAAAAGGCUAAACAUAAUAAUUCGUACAAGAUAAUCAGACCCAAGGGAAUAGGGAAAAAAGGAUGUAAAGAAAAAAGGAGGACAAAUUCAACCUUGAUGAUGUUGAUACAAGUAGUCGGUGGUUAAGGUGUGUUGUAACUCGAAAACACAGAUGCCGAGGGAUAUAAACAUCUGGAAGAUGAUUGUUUUACAGCCUUGUGCCUAUUGAAUGCCAGCAGCAAAACAAUAUUCUAGGUGGUGGAAAGCAUCCAGCAUUGAGUGUCACAGCAAGCUUAAUAUGCUUCUGCAUGUUUCAAUAUACACGAUUGAGCAGCUGAAUUCAGUCACGUUAGUCCUAUUUGCUUCUGGUAAUCUUUUAUGUUGUAAAACAUGCAUAUUAGUUCCAAAUCUACCGGUGCUUUGCUAUACAGUUCUAGUUUAGUUAGAAUUUGGAUAUACACAUAGCAGAAGGUGUUUAAUCUAAGAUAAUUGCACUGAACAUUGCUACACAUCAUCCAUCUUAGACUGUGGAGAAGACUGAAAACUGAAUUGGUAUUGCCACAAGGUAUUGUAUAAGACAAAACAAACUCAUGGUUGGGUACCCCUGUGCAUUGCCUCUCUCUUAUUUGUUGGCAGGGCAGCGAUCAGAUCAAAUCUAGGCACCAAAAUGAAGCCACUGCAAGGAAAGUGCUGGUGCAGAGGAAAGUUGUGGUGGUAAUGAGCAAUUUAUUGAACUUUUGAAAUGAACUUGUUUUCUGUCAUUUUCUGAGUCAAAUGAACUCCAAAUAUUUUUCUAAGCUAAUUUCAUGGUAAGUGAUUGUACCAAGAGAGUUGAAAGCAUCAAUGAUGAAUUUCUAUACUGCAGUUUCUUAAUCUAUUAGCUUGCUUCACUAUACAAGUCGUAAUUCAUUUAGAUCUUAGACAUUCUGAUAACAGAAAGUAUUUACUCCAGGACUCACCUGCAAGGAACAUUCCUGCGCAUCAUCCAUCUGAAAAACUGUUGAUAAGACUCAAACAUGACUGCAAUGAAAGUGCCAAAAGGUGGUAUAAGAUAAGAGAAACCAAGCUCAUAAUUUGGCAUCUAUGUGCAUCCUCUAUCUUCUUUGUUGGCAGGGCUGUGAUUAUAUCAUGAACCUAGGGACCCAAGGGAAGCUACUGUAAGAAACGUUGAUGUUAUUAUGAACAAUUUAAUCAAACUUUUAGAUUAGUGUAUUUCAGUCAUUUUCUGAGCUAACUUCGCUUCAAAUAUGUUUUGAAAAGAAAAAAAUGUCAUUAAUAAAACCCAGCCCGGAUGAACAGUAUUAAGGAUAGCCUGAGAAUUUUAUUGCUGAUUAAGUUUCUUUCACUGUUGCCUCUAUUUCCAUUUGGUACCCGUGUUUUUGUUAUGAUCUAAAGCAUUGGGAUAUUGAAGAGUAUGGUAAAGCAGGUUAAGAGUUAUAAUGUGUUUCUGGUUGGUCUAGAUGUUGUCUUUGCAGGAAAGUGAAUAGGAAUUCUAAUGAUGCAAAAAUUUACUAAUUCUCAUCAGCAUGGCUAAGCUGUGCUGUACCGAAUAUGCAAGCAUGUGACUGAACCUUUAUUCUGUACCUACGUAUUAAAGCUCAUUCACCUAAAAGGCUUCCCUAUAUCAAAUGGCUUACUUAUCUUUGGGGGAUUGUCCACAAUGCCAGGUAUUGAAGCAUUUCAUGCAGAUCCUUUCUGCAAUGCUCUAAAGCUGGUAUCUUUUAUACUGGUUUCUUGAUUAAGAUUCUUUGAUGUUAACUUGUACAGUAAAGUUAAAGGGAGAAAAAUAAAUGGAGAAGCACUCGAACACUAUUCUUUGGUCGAUAUUCUACUGUACCAGGUACUUUGCCAUUUACGGAUUUUCGUGAAGCAUUUCAUGUGGAUCAUUCCUGUAAUGCUCUAAAACUGAUAUCCCUUAACUCCAUGAACUUGUUUGCUUGUUUUGUUGGCAAAUUACCCAUUAUACUGGCUUCUUGAAUAAGAUUCUUUUGACGUUAACUUUUUUUUUUUCAUAGGUAAAAUUAAAGGGAUGAAGAUAAA